AUUAUAUAUCUAUAUCUACUAUGCACAAUGAAAAAAAAGAAAAGAAAACGCCCAAGACUCUGACCUGAAAUCUUCUGUUCCCCCCGUUCCAGACAGCUGCUGUUGCAACCACGGCGGCCGAUGCACAUGCUCGCACAAGAAAGAGCCCUCGCUCGACACGGUGCCCGAAUCCGACCUGUCCGACGACGCCUCCGCCGAACCGCAACUCGCCACCUCCGCGAAGCCGAAACCCGCCCCCCGCCGACGGCGCACCAACACCGCGCACUCCGAACCCAUCCUCUCCUUCGACGAGAACGGCCACCACCGCCCGGCCCCGCGCCACGCCAAGGCUUCUCAGAAGAGCGGCCCCUACGCCGCCCUCGCCCGCGGCACCUCCAUGCACCGCACCGCCAGCGCCAGCAGCCUCGGCGCAAAGUCCCGCACAACCGGCUCCUCCUCCCCCGAACGCAUCGCCAAAUCCGCCCACGCCUCCCCCUCCAUCGACAGCAACAGCACCACCAGCUCCUCCUUCGCACACCUCAACGGACAACUCCCACCCCUGGAUCUCAGCGGGAUCCGGUACCAGGAGUACUCGACCUCGACGUCGUCCUCCACAACGACCUUCGACCUCUUCAGCGGCGUCAGCGCAGACUACGAACCCCCCAUGUUCAGCGCGGGCCUCAGCGCCGCCUCCGUCGACUGGGCGCAGUACGACGGUCUCGAGCUAAAAGGCGACUCGAACGUCACGCCCUCGAGCUACGACCAGACACAAUCCUACCUCGGGGGUCUGGACUUCGGGGGCUCCACCGAGCCCACCCUGACCUCGAACUCCGGCGACGUAAGCGAGACAGAGGACUUCGCGUCCGCGUUCAGCGAGCCGCAAUUCGACGGCUUCCGCGCGAACUACCUGGGCAACAUGUCGCAGUCGAGCAUGCUGACGGGCGCGUCCGCGAGCGGCGACCUGGGGAACCUCGACUUCGACCAGUUCAAAGCGAGCAAGCUGCUGUCGACGCAGUCGUCGUUCGAUGAGGGGAGCUCGGUGUUCCCCUGGGUCGACGACGAGGCCUGCUGGGGCAUGAAUAAUUUCACAGACGGCAUCACGCAUUCGCCUG